UAGUUCGAUUUCUAGGUUAUGUCAUUGAUUGUUGACAAAUUUAUUUAUGUCUAGAUUUCCCUAAAAAUGAAUUUUAAGAAUUAUUCCAGCGUUUGUAGAACUUGUAUGUCUCAAAAUAUGAACUUAAAACCAAUUUUCAAUACGGAAGAAGCCUUCGAUCAAGAAAUGACUCUUUGUGACAUGUUAAUGGCAUGUGCUCCAAUAAUGAUAAUAAAAAAUGACGGUUUGCCCGAUAGUAUUUGUGUGAAUUGUAUUGAGGAAUUGCGUAAAGCGUUUUCAUUCAGGAAAAUGUGCGAAAAGUCAGACACAACCCUAAGGAAUUGUUUAAAUAAUCUAAAACCUGUUAUAGUACAAACUAGUGAUGAAAUUGAAGACAUUAAGCCAAAUAUAAAUGAAGACUUGGUUGAAGAGAAUCAAACUGAUUGGGGAGAUGAUACUUUACUAUCAAAUGAAACUUCAGACGAUACAAGUAAUGAAGAUAAUUUUGAAAGAAAUUUAAAGGAAGAUGUUGAAAAUAACACAAAAACGCGAGAAAGUGAAAGGCGGAAACGUUCAUACAAAUGCAAAGAAUGCAAUGAAGAGUGUUUGGGGCUAGCUUCAUAUUGGAAGCACAUGAAUAAUGUGCAUGGAACAAAGUUAAAAUGUGACUUUUGUGACAAAGAGUGCAAGACCCCAUAUUUACUAGAAGAACACAAAUCUUCAUGCCAUGUUGAAAACGAACCCAAACCAAAACGCACAAGAAAGAGAACUGGAAUAACCAAAAAACGCAAUCUACCUCGCACUUGUGAUGUUUGCAACAAAACUUUCAGAUUCCACAGCAAUUUAGAACGCCAUCUACUAACACACACUGGGGAGAGACCCUAUCUGUGUAACGUCUGUGGCAAAGGCUUCGGGCAAUUGUCAUACCUCAAAAUACACUCCUUCAUACACACUGGUGAAAAGCCAUACAAGUGCCAAAUGUGCGACAAGAGUUUCGCCGCCCCCGGGACUCUCAUGACCCACAUACGAAUCCACACAGGCGAAAGACCACACGUUUGUAAAAUUUGCGGCAAAGAUUUUCCACAGUCGGGGUAUUUGUCGGCGCACAUUAGGACACAUACCGGGGAAAAACCGGUGGAAUGUCAAGUUUGCCAUCGCCGGUUUAAUCAAAGUGGGAGACUUGUCAUACAUAUGAGGAUACACAGCGGGGAAAAACCGUUUUCGUGUAAUGAAUGUGGGAGGAGUUUCGCCGUUAAAGGGACGCUUAAGAAGCAUAUAAGGACGCAUACGGGGGAAAGGCCGUAUGUGUGUAGUGUGUGUGGACAGGCGUUUGCUCAGAGUGGCACUUUGGCCACUCACAUGAAGGUUCAUAGACCCAAGCAAUGAUUCAGUUUUGAGUAAAUUUCAAAUUUUGUUUUCAUUUGUUUAUCCUUAGUGCCCUUUAAGUUUUCUCUGCAAUAAAGAGUCGUGAUUGAGA